AUGUCAAUUUUUUCAACUUGUUUAUGAAGACGGAUAUUAUUAUUUUGUUUUGAACUUAAACAAACAGAAUUGUGACGUUGGGCCCUGCAGUUCGUCAUAAUAAAUAAGUGAAGAUGAAUAGUUAAUCAAGAAAAAUCUAUUUUUACCAUAACCUUAUUUGUGGAUCUUAUAGGGGACAGUUUUGUGUCCUAACCUCACAAUUAAACCUACCUGUUCUUUGCAGCGGCAUAGAAAAUCAAUAGUGAAAUAUAACGACUGACAAUGUCUAAAGCAAACAUAAAAGACACAAAAACACUCGAUAAGCUUAAGCAGUUCUUCCGAUCCAAUAAAAGUGGUGGAGCUGGAUUUAAGCUUCCAGAAGAUUACAGUCUGACUAAUGAUCUGGAGAAAGAGCUAAGUCCUGAAACCUCUGUUGGUCAUAGAGUCAAAGCCAUCAGAGAGUUGAGCGAUAUUGUUUUAAAUCAUCGUCUUGAAGAAGAGGCAGUCAAGAAGCUGUGGCACUGUGUGAAGGACCUGCUUAAUGACCCGGUGGCCAGAGAACAUCGUCACUUGGCGUUCCACUUCCUACGAUGUUUGGUGCAGGGACAGGCAGAGAGGCUCGGUAUACAGAGAGUCCACUACUUCAAACUGGUCAAAACACACUCCAACCCCGAGGAUGUAGGACAGAGGUUGGAUCUGCUGAUGAGUCUGGUGGAGGGGGGUCGCAACAUAGAGUACCUGGAAGAGGAGAUUGGGCCGUUCCUGCUAGAGUGGUUCGGUCAAGUAGUAACGGCCGAUCGUGAGGUGGACUUUCUACAUAUGCUGGUCAACCUGAUCAAGUAUAACGCUGCCUACAUCGACGAAGAUGUCCUGCAUGGAUUUGUACAUAACAUCUGCAUGCUGGCUAUGAAGUGUGGAGACACACAGACAGUGCUAGGGUGUUUACAAGUACUAGACACUGUGGUGUGUUACUCAACGUUGCCUCGGCAGUCGCUUCCCAUCUACAUCAGCUGCCUGUGUCGCACAGUCAACACAGAGGCCCACUGCAUGCAAAGUUGGAAGAUAAUGCGCAACUUGCUGGGCACACACAUGGGCCACUCUGGUAUCUACACCAUGGUGAGACUACUACAAGCGACAGAUCUGCAGUCAGACGCUCAGUUGCUCCGAGGAGCUGUGUUCCACAUUACCAUGGCGUUGUGGUCAGCCAAGCGAGUAGACAAGCUCAAGUGCACUCACACAUCCAUCUUGCCUUCCUUCCAGUUUGCAAUACAGAGUGAUCACCCUACUGUGGUGUAUGAGGUGAUGCAGACGGUACACAGACUGGUGACCAAGUACGGACUGCAACUGGCUGACCCCACAUGGACCAUCCUACUGGCUCUCAUGGAGGCCAUUAUACAACAUAUUGAGAACCACCCAAGCGAGCCAGUUACUCUCCUCACAACCACAUUCCUACAUGAAGCCCUGUGUACGGUUGAACAGCUGAUAGAGCUAGGCCAGUUUAACGGCUCUGUUAGAACUGUGUUCCAGCUGAUUGAACGAUGCUCCUCUGUCAGACCGGAGAGCUCUGUGAUGCGGUUAAUCACCUAUCUGUCACGCUCCAUCGUCCCAACACAGCAUGACUGGCUAGGAAAACUCAACAGUCUACUGGAACUGUACCUUCACCAGGAGACCAGAACUAACAUACGACUACGAGCACUAGACGUGUUGUCCUCUGUCACACAAGCCAACAGGUUCCACUUUGAAGAUGAGUUGCUGGAAGUGGUUGUGUUGCCGCACCUAGAGCAUGUGGACCAAGAGAAGGACGUGACUGUUCGUAACGCCAUCGCUGCGUUGGUGACGGACCUGUGUCUGCACUCUGCUGCUGACAACAAGCACUACCUUGAACUGCUGGAUAUACUGGAGAAGGUGAUGAUGAGAGCCUUUGAAGCUGAAGAGAAGCCACUGACAGAAGCAGAGGCUGUGGAUGUCAAGACAGCUGUUGACGGAGUUAUAAAGAUCUUCACUUCCGCCAUGUUCACUGUUCCAUCAGCCCAUGCUGUCAGGGCCUAUCGUAUGUUGGUGUCUUACAUAGAGCUCCACUACAACAAACCUGUGCUGUUUGACAAUGUUACCAGCAUCCGUCUGAUGAUCCUGGAGUGUUUCCUGCGACUAAGAGUGGACUCUAGCUACAGGUUGGGCUACCCAGGCUCCGCAGGUCCCCGCUACAGUCAGUAUCUGCUAGUGGGGGCCCCCCGCACUCCACCUGCUAGUCCAGGGCCCUUUGACAUCACCUACCUAUCACUGACUCAGGCCUGCAACGCUCUCAUCACCUGUCUGCGUCAAGAGCUAGAUUGGAAGGUGCUGCUGUCAAUACUUCAGGGUGUGAUGCAAGUGGUGAAGAACAAGGCUCUGAUAUUGUCCAAGCAUGAUAACAACAUCGAUCAUCUGGCUCACACUCUCUGUGCUAUGGUGAGUGAUAAAAGCCUGUGUCUACCAGAAGUGCUGCGCAACACUCCACCCAAGUUCACCAGGUCAGACUUCCAAGGUUACGUGUUCCCAGUGUUGGCAGCUCUAGCGUCAUACCAUGCUCAGCUGGAACCCAGUCUGCAGCAGAGACUCAUCAAGUGUUUGGAGUUUGGUCUAGUGUCAAGAUCGGCCAGACAGUGUGUGAUGGCCUUGACCUCUUGUAUCCUGGAGAUGAGAGAUGCUAUGGUCAAGUUGCUACCUGAGGUCUUGCUCAACCUGUCUAAGAUAUCAGCAACUGUCUACAUCGCAAUACCCAUCCUGGAGUUUCUCUCAACUCUGACCAGACUACCCAAGGUAUAUGCCAACUUUGUGGUGGACCAGUACAUGUCAGUGUUUGCCAUUGCUCUGCCAUACACCAGUCCCUUCAAGUACAACCACUACACAGUAUCACUGGCUCACCACGUCAUAGCUGUGUGGUUCCUCAAGUGCCGUCUGCCAUUCCGUCGGGACUUUGUCAAGUUUAUAAUCACUGGGUUGAGAGCCAAUGUACUAGUUCCUUUUGAAGAAGGUCAAAAGAAACCAGCGUUCGUUGAGCUUGUCAAUGAAGACUCGUCCAAUCGCAAACGCAGCUCAAGUCUUACAGAGCAGGGCAGUCGGCGGCCGCAGGGCACCAGUGGGAGGUUAGACCUCAAGCCCAGAAUUGAUGAGGCUCUGAUGAACUUCCAUAAGGAGUUGACUGAGACAUGUAUUGACCUCAUGGCACGAUACACGUUCUCUACAUGUUCUGCUUUGCCCAAGAGGACGGCCAUCGCUCAGUUCUUGCUCAACGAGGGCCACAGCGCCACCUGGCUGCUGGGCAGUAAACUGAUCACUGUCACCACCAGCGGCUGCAGCCAGAAACCUCUGAAGAACGGACUGUGUGACAAGUGUUACCACACCUGCCGUCUGGAAAAAGAUUCACUGUUGUCUCCAUCUUUGGAAUCAGCUGACCCGGAGAAAACUCGAGGUCUACACAAAACUCUCUCCAGAAGUGGAUCAACAGAGAUGAGUGGUGUAGGACUUGGUGAGGAGAUGAGGAAGUCUGAGACAUCGUUACAUGACUCUGACCCUGGACGGCUUGAUCAGAUGAUCUACGGAGCCGAGAAGCAGGAACGCUCACUGUGUGCUUGCUGGUGUCAGGGAUGGGCGGAGAUAUACGUACGCAGGCCUACAGGAGACAUGUCCUGGACUAUGAGACUACAGAAUGAGCCACACUCAGUUGAAGUGUCUUCUAUGUCUGACAUCACAACACUCUUCCUUCCCUCUCUGACAGCUCGCAAGACUGAGCUGGAUCUUGAUUUGGUGCCUGCUGCUGCUGUCAGUGAUCGGCCGAUUUCUGAGCCAGUAAGUAUCCCUGGCUCUCCAGUUCGUCACAGUAGCCAAGACAGUGUAGACACUCUCGGAGAUGACGAUCUAGGUAGCAGUGUGUUUCACCUGCGGGAAGGGUCUGGGAGGUCCCGUAAUCCCGUGAGACGCUCCAAUUCCAGCCCCGAGAUGAGUGCCAGCUGGAAGAACCCCUUUAUGACCCCAGGUAACCAAGGGGGGGAGGAGGGCAGUUGGGAGACUUCAGCUGGCAACACCAACGAGACCAAGAAAAAACAGACUACCAAGGACCUCAGGGUAAACUGUGAAGCCAUUCCGGAAGAGAUGGGGACCACACCACCCAAGACAGAUGUGGCUCUCCCCGCCACCACCACCCCUACAACGCUUACAACCCCCGCCACAGACCAACGCAAGAUGUCGGCCCCAGCAGCUGUACCUCAGGAGUGGACACUUCCUACCGUUGACUCCCAGCAAACACCUGCUGUGAAACCAACUCAACCGGAGCCAAGUUCAGUCGCACCCACAGUGAAGAAAGAACCGCAACCUGUGAGAGAGGAAGAGAGGGAGAGAGGAGUGAAGCAGCCACUGACACUUCCCCCCACCUCCCAUCUUGCAGCCAAACCUCCCCUCUCACCCCCCGCCACCCAGAUGUCUCCCCGCCUACAGCCCAAGCAAGUCAAGCCGCAGGUGGAAGGAGAGAUGCGGCCAGAUCCCUCGGCUCUCCCUCCGCUGGCAUUUAAGCGGGACCGAGGCCACACCAUCUCCGUCAUGAGCCCCAUCCGCAAGGACAUCAACAUCAUCAAGAACCGCAGUCCCCGCACCAAGGAGCCACCUCGCUCCGGGGUCAGCCCCAGUUUUGUGUUCCUCCAGCUUUACCACUCAGCACACUUUGGCAGUGUGUCCGAGCGGCCUCUUGCCCUGUCCAACUGUCAGAUGGUUCAGAGAGCCUUCAAGAAUCUUGACCGCAUCCCUCCCUACGAGACCCACAAGGUGGGAGUGAUCUACGUAGGCCCUGGCCAGGCCAACAGUGAGGCGGAGAUUCUUCGCAACCAAUGUGGCUCCCUUCGCUACACUGAGUUCCUUCAGAGGUUGGGUACCCUGAUCAGAUUGGCCGAUGUUGAUCCUCAAACUGUGUUCCUUGGGGGACUGGAACGAAAUGGCAAUGAUGGGAAAUUUGCCUACAACUGGCAAGAUGACGUAACUCAGGUGAUCUUCCACGUAGCCACUCUGAUGCCUACCAGAGACAAUGAUCCAAACUGUAAUGCCAAGAAGCUGCACAUCGGCAACGAUCACGUCACCAUCGUCUAUAAUGAGAGUGGGGAGCCUUACAACAGGAACACCGUCAAGUGCCAGUUCAACUACACGUGCGUGGUAGUGGAGCCGCUUGACCAUGGCAUAAACCUUCUCAGUGUUAAGGCAAAGGAUGAGCUUGUCCAGCACAUCGGCCACUCUGAGCCCAAGAUUGUCUCCGACCAGAACGUAGCUCUUAUGGCCAGACAGCUCGCCUUGCAUGCCAACUUGGCGUCACGAGUGGCCUGCAGUCUGAAGACUGAGGGAUGUGACCCGUACACGUCCAACUGGUUGGAGCGACUGCGUCAGAUCAAGAGAAUCCGCAGCAAGAUACUGCAGGAGGAAAACCCAGUUGACCGCCACGCUGCUGCACGAAGAUUCAACAUGGAGGACUUCACAGAGUACUCAUAGCUUACUUAUAUGAAUAAAGUUGUUUUUUGUUACAGUU